AAAACGUCACACAGAUUCUGUUUAUAAAGUGCUCACAAUAGAGCUCUGAGGCAUUCAUUCCCAACCAGAAGCAGUGCAGCAGCUUGAGAGACAAAGAACGAGGAGGCAAAGCAGGGCACUGAUCCACUGAAAAGGCAAAGAUGUUUUAUUCAGGUCUCCUCACAGAGCCAACAAGGAAAGAUGUGGACAUGAGAGAAGCCGCAUCACUUCGACAGCAAAGGAGAAUGAAGCAGGCUGUUCAGUUUAACCACAAGGACUCUGCUGACCUGCUACCCUUAGAUGGGCUGAAAAAACUGGGAACAUCCAAGGACACUCAACCACACAGCAUUGUACAGAAGCGCUUAAUGGAAACAAACAUGUCCAAACUGUGCCACAGCAGAGGGACAAGUUCUCAGAAGAACGACCUUUCAGCCCAGACAAAUAAACUGAAUCAAAUGAAACUGGAUGGCCCCAAAAAAACAGAGCAAGAUGAUCUCAUCUUAGUGUGUUGCCAGUGUGCUGGGAAAGAACUGCAGGUUGUGGUUGAUACAGGAUGCCAACGUAAUAUCAUAUCAUCUGCCUGCCUGGAAAGAUUAGGGCUAAAGAAGCAUAUGAAAUCCUACAAGCCUGAGUGUGAGAAGAUUUCAUUGCCACCUUAUAUGAAAGUGAUUGGCCACAUAGAGCAUCUCUCUCUUACCCUGGGCACUAUCCUUGUGGACUGUACUGCUAUUGUGGCAGAAAAUCAUGAGAAAAGCUUUUCCCUGGGGCUACAGACACUGAAAUCUUUGAAGUGUGUGAUAAACAUGGAGAAGCAUAAUUUGGUCCUGGGGAAGACAGAGAGAGAAGAAAUCCCUUUUGUCACUAACACAUCUGCACAAGAAGAAAACACCUCUGAGGCUUGAAGAGGAGACAUCGCUGGAAAGAGGGGGAAAAGUGACAAAGUUGAAGCAGGAAUUGGCUAUACUGAUUAUCCUAUCCUGCUAGACUGUGGCUAGAUUGUAGCAAAAAUGAAAGAAUGGGCAUUUGUAAGGAGUUUAGGAGAGCUUCAGAUAUUCACUUGCCAUGCCAAGGCUCUGGACUUGUAUGUGUAUGUCCAAGCCUACUCUUCGAAAUGAUCUCCUUUUUAUGGCCAUUUAAGUAAGAUAAUGCUUAUUUUCCAAAACCCACAAGUAUCAUCUCUCUUAUUAUGAAUGGAUUAUUGAAAACUAUUUCAUCUCUUGUGAAACUGAGAUGAAAGGCCAAUUUUGUAAUUUCCACUUUGAAGGCAACUGUAGCUGCAGAAUGAGACUUCAGGAAUCAGAUUUUUAGAAUGUAUUUUUUCACUGGGGAGCAGGGAAACACUUGACAUGACAGGCCACAUAAAAGGGCCUAUAUGUGCUGAAAUGACAUUCAUCCAAACACAUGCACUGGGAGGGAGAAUAGGGUUCCCUAUGCCCACCUCAUGAUUGCAGGUGACACGAUAAAGUAUUUGUUGCUUGUAAUAGCAUAGUGCUGAUACAAAAGUUCCCUUUCAGUGGGAAGGAGAAGGGAGAAUCAGCAAAGAUAAUUUCCCCAUCUCUUUUGUGGAGCAGGAAUUUCUGCUGAAAGUCUGUUCCACAAAUCGAAGGAGAUUUUCUUCUGAAUUCAACCUUAUCUCUUGUCUAAAUGUGUGUAGGUCUUUCUUCAUCUUUACAAAUACUGGUGUUAACAAUGAGCAAUUAAACUCAGUUUUGAACUGUAAAAUAUCCAGCGUACCUAUAUAAUCAGAGGUAAUUUUAAAAAUUAUUUAAUGUAUUAAUUCUCUGAAAGCAAAAUACAGUAUAUAAAAUAGUUUAUAGUCUUCUUGUUCCAUUGCUAACAUUUUAAAGUCACAAAAUUUCAACUUUCAAGAUGAUUGAAAACAAUCAUCCAUCUUGGGCUAACUUUGAUGCAUUGUCAUAGUGUAUGAUGAUUAAUCAUCCAUGCAUGAUAUUAAAUAUAGGGAAAGUUCCCUUUUUUCUCUUUGUUUCCAAUAUUUAGAUAGUAUCUAUGCUCCUGCUGUUUUUAUUACUGUUACUAUUCCCAUUAAAAUUUAUUGAUAUAUUUUUACCAAGAGCUUACAUCACUAAGGAUAGAUAAUGUUCUAAACAGUUAAAAACAUUCUGGCAAAAUUAUACUUCAUUUCUUUCCAUGUUAAUAUUAUUACUAUAUUGUUAUUUAUGUUGUUUGUAAAAUAAAUUUAAUGAAAUUUGGAAAUUCCAGAUUUCAGUAUACCAUA